AUGAACAACCCCUUCAAACACAUCGUGGAGCCAUUGGAUCCUGCACAGCCAGAAAAGAAGUUCUUCAACUUGAAUAAAUUAGAGGACUCAAGAUAUGGGCGCUUACCAUUUUCUAUCCGAGUUCUCCUGGAAGCGGCUGUUCGCAAUUGUGAUGAGUUUUUGGUGAAGAAAAAUGACGUUGAAAAUAUCCUAAAUUGGAACGUCACGCAGCAUAAAAACAUUGAAGUGCCGUUUAAGCCUGCCCGUGUCAUCCUACAGGACUUUACUGGUGUGCCAGCUGUGGUUGACUUUGCCGCCAUGCGAGAUGCUGUGAAAAAGUUAGGAGGAGAUCCAGAGAAAAUAAACCCUAUCUGUCCUGCUGAUCUUGUCAUUGACCAUUCCAUCCAGGUCGAUUUCAACCGAAGGGUAGACAGUCUGCAGAAGAAUCAAGACCUGGAAUUUGAAAGAAAUAGAGAACGAUUUGAAUUCUUAAAGUGGGGCUCCCAGGCUUUUCACAACAUGCGAAUCAUUCCCCCUGGCUCUGGAAUUAUCCACCAAGUGAAUUUGGAAUACUUGGCAAGAGUGGCAUUUGAUCAGGAUGGGUAUUAUUACCCAGACAGCCUCGUGGGCACGGACUCACACACCACCAUGAUUGAUGGCUUGGGCAUUCUCGGUUGGGGUGUGGGCGGUAUCGAAGCUGAAGCUGUCAUGCUGGGUCAGCCAAUCAGCAUGGUGCUUCCCCAGGUGAUUGGCUACAAGCUGAUGGGCAAGCCCCACCCCCUGGUAACAUCCACUGACAUCGUGCUCACCAUUACCAAGCAUCUCCGUCAGGUCGGGGUAGUGGGAAAAUUCGUCGAGUUCUUUGGACCAGGGGUCUCACAGUUGUCCAUUGCUGACCGAGCUACAAUCGCCAACAUGUGUCCAGAGUACGGAGCAACUGCUGCCUUUUUCCCAGUUGAUGAAGUCAGUAUCAAGUACCUGACGCAGACAGGUCGAGAUGAAACAAAAAUCAAGCUUAUCAAAAAGUACCUUCAGGCUGUAGGCAUGUUCCGAGACUUCAGCGACACCUCUCAAGACCCGGACUUCGCCCAGGUUGUUGAAUUGGAUUUGAAAACAGUAGUACCUUGCUGCAGUGGGCCCAAAAGGCCCCAGGACAAAGUCGCCGUGUCGGACAUGAAAAAGGACUUUGAGAGCUGCCUCGGAGCCAAGCAAGGGUUUAAAGGAUUUCAGAUACCUCCAGACCAUCAUAAUGACCAAAAGAAGUUUAUGUAUAAUAACAGCGAAUUCAUACUUGCUCAUGGUUCUGUGGUCAUUGCCGCCAUUACAAGCUGCACAAACACCAGCAACCCCUCUGUGAUGUUAGGAGCAGGAUUGUUAGCAAAGAAAGCUGUGGAGGCAGGCCUGAACGUGAAGCCUUACGUCAAAACCAGCCUGUCCCCUGGAAGUGGUGUGGUAACCUACUAUCUGCGAGAAAGUGGAGUCAUGCCUUAUCUGUCUCAGCUUGGGUUUGAUGUGGUGGGCUAUGGCUGCAUGACCUGCAUUGGCAACAGUGGGCCUUUACCUGAAGCCGUAGUAGAAGCCAUCACACAGGGAGAUCUUGUGGCUGUUGGGGUGCUGUCAGGAAACAGGAAUUUUGAAGGCCGAGUCCAUCCCAACACUCGGGCCAACUACUUGGCCUCACCACCUUUAGUCAUAGCAUAUGCAAUUGCUGGGACCAUCAGGAUCGACUUUGAGAAAGAGCCAUUGGGGGUAAAUGCAAAGGGACAAGAAGUAUUUCUGAAAGACAUCUGGCCAACCAGGGAUGAGAUCCAGGCCGUGGAGCAACAGUAUGUCAUCCCUGGCAUGUUUAAGGAGGUGUAUCAGAAAAUAGAGACCGUAAAUGAAAGCUGGAAUGCCUUAGCAGCCCCAUCAGAUAAGCUGUAUUCCUGGAAUCCCAAAUCUACAUAUAUUAAAUCUCCACCAUUCUUUGAGAAUCUGACUCUGGAUCUUCAGCCCCCUAAGUCCAUCAUAGAUGCCUACGUGCUAUUAAAUUUGGGAGAUUCCGUAACCACGGACCAUAUCUCUCCAGCUGGAAACAUCGCAAGAAACAGCCCUGCUGCUCGCUACUUAACUAACAGAGGCUUGACUCCACGAGAGUUCAACUCCUACGGUUCUCGCCGAGGUAAUGACGCCAUCAUGGCAAGAGGCACAUUUGCCAACAUACGCUUGCUAAACAAAUUUUUGAACAAACAAGCACCGCAGACUAUACAUCUACCUUCUGGAGAAGUUCUUGAUGUGUUCGAUGCGGCUGAGCGAUACCAGCAAGCUGGCCUCCCCCUCAUCAUUCUCGCUGGCAAAGAGUACGGCUCCGGAAGCUCCCGAGACUGGGCAGCCAAGGGCCCUUUCCUCCUGGGAAUCAAAGCCGUCCUGGCUGAGAGUUAUGAGCGCAUUCACCGCAGUAACCUCGUUGGAAUGGGUGUGAUCCCCCUGGAAUACCUGCCUGGGGAGAAUGCCAGCACCCUGGGACUCACGGGGCACGAGCGCUACACUGUCAUCAUUCCAGAAAACCUCAAACCGCGAAUGAAGGUCGAUGUCAAGCUGGACACGGGGAGGACCUUCCAGGCCAUCAUGAGAUUUGACACCGACGUGGAGCUCACCUACUUCCACAAUGGCGGCAUCCUCAACUACAUGAUCCGCAAGAUGGCCAAGUAG